CGCGGCGCUCCCGCCGCCCCCCGGGGCCCUCGGUCAGCCCGGUCCCCGUCGCCCCCUGCUCCGCGCUCAGCUCCCUCUGCCUCCCCCAUAGCCUCCUCUGCCCCCCGCGGUUCCCUGGUAGCCCCUCGCUCUCCCCGUGGCCUCUUCCGUUCCUUCACAGCCCUCCCGGUGCCUCCGGCUCCCCUCAGCCCUCCUCUCCGCUCCCUUUCCUCUCCGCUUCCCCUGUCCGUGGUUCCCCCCGCAGCCCCCUCCCAGUCUCCCCAUAGCCCCCCGCGUCCCCCUCGGUUCCCCCUCCCUCCCUCCCGGUGCUUCCCCGGUGCCCGCCGCCAUGAGCGAGCUGAAGGACUGCCCGCUGCAGUUCCACGACUUCAAGUCGGUGGACCACGUGAAGGUGUGCCCCCGGUACACGGCGGUGCUCGCCCGCUCGGAGGACGACGGCAUCGGCAUCGAGGAGCUGGACACGCUGCAGCUGGAGCUGGAGACGCUCCUCUCCUCCGCCAGCCGCCGCCUCCGCGUCCUGGAGGCCGAGACCCAGAUCCUGACGGACUGGCAGGAUAAGAAGGGCGACCGGCGGUUCCUGAAGCUGAGCAAGGACCACGAUGUGGGCACCCCUGUCAAGCCCGUGAAGCCGAAGAAGCAGAAGCUGGACGGUAAAGGGGGCCAUGGGACCGGACCUGGCCCUGGCCGGCCCAAAUCCAAGAACCUGCAGCCCAAGAUCCAGGAAUAUGAGUUCCAGGAUGAUCCCAUUGAAGUGCCCCGCAUUCCCAAAAAUGAUGCUCCAAACAGGUUCUGGGCAUCGGUGGAGCCGUACUGUGCCGAUCUCACCAAUGAGGAGGUCAGAGUCCUGGAGGAGCUGCUCAAACCACCAGAGGAUGAGGCUGAGCAUUACAAGAUCCCACCCCUGGGGAAGCAUUACUCUCAGCGCUGGGCCCAGGAGGACCUGCUGGAGGAGCAGAAGGAUGGAGCCCGGGCAGCAGCAGCUGCUGACAAGAAGAAAGGUGUCCUGGGGCCACUGACCGAGCUGGACACCAAAGACGUGGAUGCCCUGCUGAAGAAGUCAGAGGCCCAGCAUGAGCAGCCAGAGGAUGGGUGUCCCUUUGGGCCCCUGACCCAGCGUCUCCUCCAGGCCCUCGUGGAGGAAAACAUCAUCUCCCCUGUGGAGGACUCUCCCAUCCCUGAGAUCGCCGGCAAGGACUCAGGAGCUGACGGUGCUGGCACGUCUCCCCGCAGUCAGAACAAGCCCUUCAGUGUCCCUCACACCAAGUCGCUGGAGGGGCGGAUCAAGGAGGAGCUGGUGGCCCAGGGCUUGCUGGAGUCAGAGGACCGGCCGGCCGAGGACUCGGAGGACGAAGUGCUGGCCGAGCUGCGCAAGAGGCAGGCCGAGCUGAAGGCCCUCAGCGCCCACAACCGCGCCAAGAAGCACGAGCUGCUGCGGCUGGCCAAGGAGGAGCUGCACCGGCAGGAGCUGCGGCAGCGCGUCCGCAUGGCUGACAACGAGGUGAUGGAGGCCUUCCGCAAGAUCAUGGCUGCCAGGCAGAAGAAGCGCACGCCCACCAAGAAGGAGAAGGACCAGGCCUGGAAGACCCUGAAGGAGCGUGAGAGCAUCCUCAAACUGCUGGAUGGGUAGCAGGGGGAUGAGGAACACCCCUGCCACGGACCUUGGUGUACAGGUGUGGUGGCUGUGCACCUGUCACCUGCACCUUGCCGCUGUGGGACAGCCCCCCAUACCCGAUGGGUCCUGGCUGCUGUCCCCUCCCCACAGGGGGCUGUUACCGACUCAGGAUGGGGACCCUGCAGAGGUCCCUCCCAGGAUUGCCCCCCCCCACCUCCCAGUGCUUUCCACCCCUGGUCUGCUGGGAGGGUGACAUCUGCUGGUGUGGGGAGGGGGGAGGGAUGCGGUGGCUUCCACGGUCUCAUGUCCCUCCCUGCGGCAGUGGGGGGCUUGAUCCCGCCUCCCGCGGGGUGGCGGGGGGCAGCCAGGCUCUCUGUGUACCUCUGUAAUAAAAGAGAUUCUGGUGCGGGCA